AGAGACCUGACCUCUAGGAGGCAGGCAUACGUCCUGGCGUUGCGCAGAGUCAGCCGAUUGAAAGGAUGCUUUGCUCAUGAAUCACUUGUUGAGAGGUGUACAGCUGGGAGAGUAGGGUAGGAGAUCCUGGGGCCAUGGGCGUGAGGGCUGUUUGUAUCACUAGGGGAGACCCGAACGAGUCGUGCGAUGAUAGGCUUACUAUCAGCGUGUGACCUCUUAUCGAAUAUGAGACGACUGUCAUCCAGUCUCCUUAUUGCGAAAUGUGUGCUCUUUCACCUGUGGUGCUAAUUACCUUGCCGACCCGACUUCUCGCCCAUCUCCCGUUUCCCUCUCACUGCACCUCCUUCCCCACCUCUUCGUCGAGCACCGUAGAACUUGGGGCUCGAGUGACAGCCACACAGACACAUACACACAAGGCUGACUUUGAACGCGCCGCGCCGGCGGUGGCUGAGGGGACGGCUACGGCGACGGCUACGGCGAAUGCUUUCUCUGAACAGCGGGGUUCGUCAAGGCGUUGGAUUGGCAAUGGCGGGUCAACCAACGGCGUCGCUUCACGCGGCCGAGUCUUCCUCCCUCUCACUUCAACUUCCCUCUCGAUCUCAUUGCAAUCGACGCUUCGUAGCGUAGCGUACCCCACGCCCGGCUUCCUCUGCCUCGUCGCUUCGCGAGGCAAGCAAGGCUUGGCGAUUGAUCGUCGUGGAGAGAGCUCGUCUUCUUUGGUGAGGAUGGCGAUCGAAGCAGCGGCGUGAGCUCUGUCGACGUCCGUCAGUUCCGCUUCGUCCGCUCUCGAGUGCGGCAGUGCGUUUCACCCGGCCUUCGCUGUGGUUGGGCGAUUGAGCUGAGGGAUGCGGACGUGGGUCA